AUGGGUGAUUCGAACCCCGAGCCCGAAUCCCAGCAGCAGGGCCCUCAGCCUCCCUCCGACGCGGUCCAGCCUCAGAUGACCAUGCAUCCCAUCUCCUACUCGAGCAUGCCGAUGCACAUGUACCCCUUCCCUCCCGGCAUGGUCCCGGCUCACCCGACCCGCACCAAGCGCCGCCAGGUCAAGAACGCGUGCACCAACUGCCAGAAGGCGUGCAAGAAGUGCGACGACGCCCGCCCCUGCCUCCGCUGCGUCAAGUACGGUAUCGCUGAGGAGUGCGUCGAUUCCCAGCGCAAGGAGCGCCAGAAGGGGAUCAAGCGAGGGCCUUACAAGAAGCGCGAUGGAAAGAGUGAGCAAUAUCCAUCCUCUGAGCGGUCGUCCUCGUCGUCGCGCUCAGCUCGGAUCGCGGUCCCGCCCGCCGUCGCCGCGGCGGCGGCCGUUCCGAGCUCUACGCCCCCGGUCCCCUACGUUGCACCGGUCACCUAUCCGCCCGGGCUGUACCCCCAGUACCCCGGCCCGCCCGCUGCCAAACCUGGGGAGACCCCCAUGUACUACCCCCAGAUCUUCUAUGCGCCCAUCCCUGCUCCUCACCCGCAGGCGACUGGUCAGGACGGUGAGCCCGUCGGCUAUCCCGCGCACCAGUUCUACCCGGCCACGUUCAUCGCGCCGUACCCGCCCCAGUACGCUACGCCGUACAUGAUGCCUCACCCUCACCCGCACGCUCGUCCUGACGCGCAGAUGCCCAUGGCGCCUGCCCAUCACUACGCCCCCUACCCGCAGGUCUACCAGAAGCCGCCGUCGAGGGGCCCGGGUGCCGAGCUGGGUCCUCCGCAGAUGAUGGACGUGAGGAGGGACGGGCGCAUGGAGCAUGCCAGGAUGGCUGAGCCCAUCUCUGGGGGCCAGGCUAAGUCUGGCUGA